AACACACUGCCUGCUGCAACAGACUGCAAAAAGUGCGACAGGUUUAUAGGUGUUUUUCUCUCAGUUUUCAAAGAUAUUAAAGAAAGCAGUGUCAGAGUGACGAGCAGGAGGAGGCAACAAUGCCGAAAAAAGCCAAGAAAGGUGGAGGAGGUAAGGGUGGUGGGAGGACGGAGAGGCUGGAGUUCCUGCAGCAGAGAGCUCAGGCUGAGGAGGAGAUGGCCAAGAAAAGAGAAGAAACACUUGCUCAGUUUCUGAAGGACAAGUUGGAGAAGGAGGAGAAGAACACUGCAGAGAACCUGCGGAAGCUGAAUGAAGGCUGGAGGGCAAUUCUCUGUCAGACUCGAGACCCUGAGCUUCGUCAAGAAAUCUCCAUCUUCAGUCAGACUUUUGAGCGGCAGCUGGAGGGCUUGGACAGCAUCAUCAAGGACCUGGUGUGUGACUUGCAGGAGAAGGAGCGUCAGUCGGCUCAUGGGCGCCGGGCUCACCUGCAACGUUUGGAGCAUCUGUGGGCUCUGCAUGAAAAAUGGAUGAUGUUUGUGCAGCAGCACUGGGAGAAUGGCAUGCAGCAGCUGAGCUCCAGGUUUAACUCUGAGGGGAAGCAGAUGUCAGCACACUCUCAGCAGCAGCGAGCUGAUCUGGAAGACGCAGUGCUCACUGUGGAGCAGCAACACAAAGAAGUGAUGGUUGAAAUCCACAGUCUGCACAGUAACUGUAUUGGAGCGUAUGAGAAGGCUCUAAAGAAGAGGGAUGGCAAGGAGACGCUGAAGGAGGAGAGUCUUCAGAUCCAGGAGGCUCUGCUGUUCUGCUGCAGAAAAAAAGAAGAGGUGGAAAACCUGGUCACCAGAGAGCAGCUUUACUUUCACAUAACAGCUGAAAAAAUGAAGGAGGUUAAAGAGCUGCAGGAAUCAGUCAUUCAGCUGAGGGAGAAGCUGAACUCCUGUCUGACAGAAAAUGAGUCAAAGGAACAAGAUCUGAUGGCCUCCAGCAACGAGGUGAAUAAAAAGACUGACGAGCUUCGCCAGCAGCUGAGUCAGGGUCGCUCGGCAGCCAGGAAGCAGCUCAUGCACCUCACCAUACAGAGCAACAACGCCAUCAGGAAACUCCAGGCAGUGAUCACCAAGGGGGAGAAGGUUUUACGUGUCGCUGAAAUGUGUCGGAAGCUGGAGAGGAAGCAUGAAAAGGUCCUGACAUCAUCAUCAUCAUCAUCAUCAUCAUCAUCAUCAUCAUCAGCAGAGAAUCACAGAUCUGUGACUGAGGAGGAGGAACCUGCAAAGGAGUCAUCUGAGUUUCCAGAACUGCAGCAGUUGAGGCAGCGCAUGAACACGGCUCUGCUGCUUCGACAUGCUCUGAAGAAACAGAGAGAGGACCUGAGCCGACAGAACCAGCAGCUGAGGCUUCAGCUGCGUCAGCAGGUGGACGACAUGAACACCAGCGACUGCGCCCUCGACGCACACCAUGCUUUGCUCACUGUAUCCCGAGCCCCGACCACUGCGGUCCCACUGAACACCAACAGCCGGCGCAACAUCACCAAGGCUGUUCACGCCGUCAAACAUAAAGCUUCUCCAAAAAAAAUCUGAAGCACCUGUGAAACAUGAUGUCAUUAACAGUCUG